UCGUGCUCUCUCUCAUUCUCUCUCUCUCAGAUAAAUAAAUAAAAUCUUAAAAAACAAAACAAACAAACAAAAAAACCCCAAGAAGGUUCUUUCCUCCUCUUCUCUGAAUCCAAGGUGCCACACUUGAUUAGCAUUCCUAAGCUUCAGCCUGGAUGGAGAGGUUCUGCUUGGCCAGCCUAUGGGAAGCAGUCUACAAGUACAAACUCUGGAGCCAGUCAGACCUAGAUUCAGAUGACACUGCCAUUUACUAGCUGUACACCCCUGGAUAAGUCUUUUAGCCUCUCAGAAGCUCAGUUUCCGGUCUAUGAACAAACUACUAAUUACUGUAUAGAACAAUUGAAAAGCCUGAAAUGUAAAUACCUCAAAUUAGGUGAUAAUGAAGGUCAAUUGUCAUCUCUGUCCUGAAUGAGCAUGAGUGAGCAUCUCACCCCUGUAGGCAGUAUAAGGAGCACUGGAGAUGUGAGGAAGUCCUAGUGGUUAUAAACUGGAUGCAUCUCCUUGGUCCAGAAAGCAUUCUUGAAAGGAUCAAGACCGCAAUUGGGAAUAGGGUCAUUUUAUUUACAUCCCACAUUGUUCGUGUUUGAAGCAGUAUAGCUUGCGGGAGAACAGAGGAUCUCUCUCGUUUCUUGCCUCUGUAUUUCCAGCUCAGUUCUCCGUAGCAAGUCCCUGUUCUGAUCCAGCCCCUUACAUCCAUGAGAAUUAACAGACUGAAUCUAGUUAAGGGCUCCCGCCAUCUGAUCUUUCAUUACUUUCCGGUGCUUGGAGCUUUGGCCUGGAACUCAGCAAAUGGGGGGUUAAGACUGAUGCCCUGGCCUAUCUCCUCCCCUCUCCAUUCCUGACUUCAAAGUCCCCAUUAAAGCUUGCUUCCCUGACCCUACAGUGGCAGCUCCAUCAUCAGCUCCUGGCCGGUUCAAAACAGCAGAUGCUGAGCCCUGGCCGGACUGCUCGCACUCUACUUUCUAGCCAUCUCCUAGGGUAAGCAACAGCAUGCUGAGAACCUGUGGGGCUGACAGUCCUUGCUCCUCCAGGAGAGAAGAAGCAACUAAGAACAGAGGUCACCUCAUGUAGGGAGUCUGUCUUACGGUCGGACCUAAAAGGCACCGCGUAGGCAGAAGCCCUGGUCUAUGGACCAGGACUCUGGGGUUCCGUCUAGUUUGUGAUCAGAGCAGAUGUUUACUGGGGUUAGCAAGUAGAGCAAUAGGGGUCACCUGCCCAGAGAGGGAGGCAGGGGUUCGGCAAUGGCAAAGAACCUGGCAAGAGAUGGAAAUGUGAGCAGUUCAGGGACCAGAAUUAGUUCCAUUAGUACUAAUGUCCAAAAUCUAUGCUAAAUUAUUCACAAAUCAAUCUUUGGCUCCGGUGAUUCAGUAACCAGAGCUGGGACACUGGGUUGGCUCUGGCUCUCUGGGGCCAGAUCCUUUUCUGUAGCUCCCUCAGGGAACUGUCACAGAUUCAAGGCCAGUGGGGUGCCCAAGCCUCAAGGCCUGUUCCUCCCACCCUCAUCUGUGGAUUUUUCCAGCUGCUUUUCUUGACCCAAGGAUCACAUAGGGAUACAGAUGGAAGGGGGGGAGGGGGAGCAGGGAAAACAAUGAAGUCAGAAUGAGAUGGGGAAGAGGCAAACGUUAGAAAGAGAUGGGAGAGAAAAAAAAAAAAAGAAAGAAAGAGAUGGGAGAAAUGGCACUAGUGGUCCAGCCAUCUGAGACAGGACACUUGGGACAACUUUUCAAGUAGCAGGACUGUGCUGAAGCCUCAGAGCCCCAGCUGAUAACCCUGGGGCCAGAUCAUGUCUGCUAACAAAGGCUGGUGGGUACCACCUGAGGGCGAAGACAGUGUGUCUCAGAAGUUCCUGAGGAAGACCAGGGAGUCUCCGCUGGUGCCUGUAGGCUUAGGAGGCUGCCUGGCAGUGGCAGCCUACCGGAUUUAUCGGCUUAAGGCCCGUGGUUCCACCAAGAUGUCCAUACACCUGAUUCACACCCGAGUGGCAGCGCAGGCUUGUGCCGUGGGUGCAGUCAUGCUAGGUGCUGUGUACACGAUGUUUAGAGAUUACAUCAAGAGAACAGCACAGGAUCCCAGGGAGAAGUAGGACUCUGUAGAGCCUGGGGCCACCAGAGCCUCCUCCACCAAUCCCUGGUACGUUCCUAAUAAAGCCGUUUUGAGGAAAAUCACGUCUCUUCUUCACAUGGAGGACAGCAGAGAAAAGGACCAGUAGCGGGGUGGGUGGGUGGGUGUUAGUUUUAGAGAAAGGGCUAGAAAUCAGAGUUCUGGCCCCCAGCUCCAGGGCAAGGGAGGUUCUCCAGAGGCAACAGCUUCUGGUUCCAAAAGCCUAACACCUCCAAGGCCAGCCCAGGUCCCACCCAGCAGCAGCAGAGUAGAGAGGCAGGAAGGUGGAGGCAAGAAAGUGGCCUCAACGUUCAUGGGAGCACUGAAUUGAGAGGCAGGCAUCCCUCCCAUCACAGGCUGCUGCCCUGGGGACCCAGGCAGGAAGACUGCAGCUGGGAGAAGAGACACAGGAGACAACAUAUAUUCAGGACCCAAGUGCCAGGGCCAGACUGUGUUGGAGGGAAGGGGACAGGGGUGGGGAUGAAAGGAACAGAGCAAGGCAGAGGUCAGAAUGUUCUGUUCACUUAAAAACCAUGUCUAAGGUCAAACUUGUAAAAAAAAAAAAAAAA